AUGACACUAUCACCAAUAAAAUCAUCCAUUACAAUUAAAGAACCGCCACUUGUAAUCGCUCCAAGACCAAUCGUGUUAAAUACAGAUUGUUUUGAAGAUAACACAAUAGUCGUUCGAAUAAUUCGUGUAAACUACACAGAUCCUCCCAGAAUUUGUGUAGAAGAAUAUUUGUCAAUUCGUAUAAUUUAUCCAAUUGGAACUGUUAAAGGAUUUGAUCUUUCAUCAGAUACAUUAAAUAUACAACCUUUUAAUUUUUGUUUCCUUCCAAAAGCAAAUCCUCUUAGAUUUUAUUCCGUAAGAAAAAAUUUUUUGUUAAUGGCUUAUGCAAAGUUGAAGAUGUAA